CGGACGCGGCGCUGCCCGGGACCGCUGCAGAGCUCGGCCGCCACCCAGCCCAUGGCAGACGAUGUCUGUCACUAACAACAUCGCACAGGCCCGGAAGCUGGUGGAGCAGCUCCGACUGGAGGCCGGAGUGGACCGCAUCAAGGUCUCCAAAGCCUCGUCCGAGCUCAUGAGUUACUGCGAGCAGCACGCCCGGAGCGACCCCUUGCUGGUGGGCGUCCCCGCCUCCGAGAACCCCUUCAAGGACAAGAAGCCCUGUACAAUCCUCUAGCCGUGCUGCCUGCUCGGCCCGCGUCUCGUCUCUGUCUCUGUCUCUGUCUCUGUCUCUCCCAGGCAGGGCACAAGUGCUCAGCUCGAGCAGAACACCUCGGGUCGCCAACACGUUGAAUUCCAAAGAGCAUACCAGGCACGCACGGCUGGGGGGUGGGACGCGACCCCGAGGUUUAGACGCGGCCCGUCACAGGCCGGGCCAUGCUCAGCGCGGCGGCCUUCCGGCCCGGCCCGGUGAGGGGUAGCGGGGCCGCCCGGCGAUGUGACGCCCGCCUUGUGAGACUCCCGGCCGCCCCUCGUGUCGUGGGCUCGGGGCCGAGAAGGAACGGAGGGUGAAUUCGCUCAGGGUCCUGGUGGCUGGCACAGGCCCCUCGCCAUCGGCCAUCUGUGAGGUUUCGCCAGGCUCCUGGAAGGCUUCUGGGUUGUUUGGUUUUGUUUUGUCUUAAACAGAGGUAAAAUCGGGGUGAGGGGGAGCAGGAGGAACUUUCUAGAACAUUCCUUCGUUUAGAAAGUUGUUACCCCACACCGCUAGCGCCGGGGGCCAGGCCCGCAUCUGCAGCGAGACAGAACCGUGGGACGCGCGGCGAGGUCCCGGGGCUGCAGAGCGCACUCUGUGCCGGCAAUGUCCCUCCCGUCUGGUCUUCGUCACCCCCAGCCAUGCCGUAGGCCCUGCCCUGUCCUCGCCCCGUGUGGCUCGGAAACGGAUCUUCGGGCUGGCCCGGGAGCGCUCACGUCCCACUGUUUAGGCACGAGGCGUCGGCGUGGUGGUUAGCUCUGGUUCUCAGCUCUCCGGUCUUGGCACCGUUCCGCGUCACGGUGGCCGGGGGCCGUUGCUCAGGCAGAAGGGGCGGCGGGCAGGCCCCUGUGCCUCGCCUGCGUGGAGCCGUCCUCUGUCCUUGAGUCGAAACGUUUCAGAUUUGGCCGUUUGGCUUUCCCGCCCCGUCCAACCCGGAGCGGCUGGAGGGAGGUCGGGGGACGCGUCCUGUGCAGAAUUGGCCGGUCACCCGGUCGGUCCCCGCUCCAGCAGCCUCAGGAGCAGAUUCACUGUGGAGGGAGGGGCGGGGAGGCGGUUUAACAGUGUCCUCUGACGACACGGGCGGUGGCGGGGGCAGGGGGCAGGGGGCAGGCCGUGUGCACACCUGCCCACCUCGCCCACCACCGCCCCCAAGAUGCACUGGAAGCAGCCGGGACCCGCACAGCCCUGGACUCUGGAGUCCCCGAGUGUCCAUGGCCCUACUGGACGUCUGUGUCUGAGAACCCCUGGACAGCUGCCCUGCUUGUCCCCGCAGGCCCGGGGACAGGGCCGGAGCUGCCCCAGGGUGUCCCCAUACUCCCCACUCCCACCCCGUCAGGGCAGUUGCCCAGGUCCCGCGUAGCCAGAGCUAGGGGUGCCAGGUGGGGCUCAGAGACAGAGCGGACGUGGGCUGGUCCCAGGGGGUACACACACAGGGCCGGGCUCGUCCCAGGCACCCAGCUCUCUACGGCAGGUCCGGGAGGGCCAGGGUUCUGGGGACCCCACCCUUAGGCCUACACUCAGGCCAGGAGGGCCACAGCCUCCCCUCUGGACAGGCAGGGGGUGGCAGCCUGGGGACGCCUCUCCUCCAUCCCUGGCCGGGAUAGCAGGAAGGGACAGAACGCCUCCCAGAGACCAGGGCCUGCCCGGAGCAGGGAGUGGGGCGCAGCGAGGGGCAGCUUGGAGGCUUUGGAGCCUGCCGGCCUUGGAGGGGGGAGGCAGGCCUGGCCUGCGCGACCCCGCCCCACCGGACUCUGGCCGCAAACCCACUCAGCGAGUGGGAGCCCUACCCCCCCCGCCCCGUCUCUUUCAACGAAGCCUUAAUCCUGUGAGCGGAUGUCACGUCCUCACACCAUCCUCCCGCCUUCACGCCCACAGUCCAGGGGUUCGAUCCUCCCCCCAGCUCUCGGCCCCAUGCCCUGCCGAGAGGAGGAGGGCACAGCUGUGUCCAGGCCAGCCCCCCACCCCAUGUGUCCGCACGGAUGCGACCCCAGAGGAGUCAGCUGGAGCAGGGCCCCCGGGAUUCGCAGCCCCCAGGCAGCCAGUCGCUCCUGAGCCGAGGGUUAGGGUGAGACCGAGCCUCGGGCUCGCCCCUGCACUGGACCCUUAGCCCGCAGGCCGUGGGCACAGGCCCUGCGGCCCGCAGAGAGGGCCCCGCACGGACUCGCAGCACCCAGGUAGGCCGAGGCCCGAGAAGGGACUCGUGCCGCCUCCCUGCACUGGGGGCCUCAGCUGCCGCUCUGGCUGUCCCCGCCCGAGCCUGCCAGCCGGUGACCGCAGCCUGUACCCCAGCGAGGCGGCCAGUGACAUGAGCCUGUACGCCUCUCUGUGACUUAGGGAACAACCUCCCCCCUUCUAGGGUCAACCCGAGGGGGCCUGCAGCCCUGACACCCCGGUGGCCAGCCGGAACCGCGCCCUCUCUUAGAAACCUCUGGGCACCUCCAGGCAGGGGCCGCCAUUGGGUGGCCGCAGCCGUGGGGACGCCAGCUCUCAGCCGUGUCAGGGGACAUGAGGACUUCGGUGUACGAAACACAGCCACCCACACCGCAUAGAACGAGGCAGGGCGGGCGGGAAAG